AUGUCAGCAUCUGAAUCUCUUGAUCCUUAUCAGUUCCUCCAAAUCGUCCUUAAUCCAGAUGGAACUCUCACUCGCCUCAUUGAUGUUCCACGAACAUCUCCCACACCUGAUCUCAAACUUCCUGUCUCUGUUCUCACCGAAGAUCUAACCAUUAACCAAUCACACGCCACCUGGGUCCGAUUAUUCCUCCCCUGCAAAGCACUGAAUCAUCAUCCCUCUAACAAGCUCCCUCUCAUCGUUUUCUUCCACGGAAGUGGCUUCGUCAUUCUCAGCGCCGCUUCGACCAUUUUCCACUACUUCUGUUCCACCAUGGCCAACGACAUCGAAGCAGUGGUGGCAUCCGUGGAGUACCGCCUUGCCCCAGAACACCGGUUGCCAGCGGCGUAUGACGAUGCCGUGGAGGCGCUCCACUGGAUCAAAAUCAGCCCUGAUGAUUGGCUAAGAGACUUCGUUGACUAUUCCAAUUGCUACGUGAUGGGGAAUAGUGCAGGUGGUGCAAUCGCCUACAGUGGAGGCCUGCGUAUAACCAAUGAAGCUAAGGAUCUUGAACCGAUGAAGAUAAAAGGGAUGAUGCUGCGUCAACCAUUUUUCGGUGGGAUUCAGAGGACGGAGUCAGAAGUGAGGAGAAGAAUCCUGUUUUUUCUGGUGUGUGUGAGCGACUUGAUGUGGGAUCUGGCGUUGCCAGUGGAUGUGAACCGUGAUCACGAGUGCUGUAAUCCAACGGUGGGGAAUUGGCUGGAGAAGAUGGGGAAGAUAAGAGAGGUGGGAUGGAAGGUGAUGGUGAGUGUGAAUGGAGGGGAACCACUGGUUGACAGAGAAAGAGAGUUGGCGAGAUUAAUGGAGGAGAAGGGAGUGAAGGUGGUGAUUGAUUUUGAAGAUGGUGUUCAUGGGGUUGAGCUCAUUGAUGCUGCCGAAGGUUCGAGACUCGUUGGGGCCUUCAAGCAAUUUAUCUCAUCAUCAUCAUCAGUGGCUUAA